CAAAGGUUCUUUUGUGGGUUCCUUAUCAACUCCGAUUGUGUUUUCGCAAUUAGUAUUAAUUUAUUGUGUGAGUAGGGCGAAGGCUAUCGCAUGGAUAUGACAAAGGUAGAAAAUAUAGAAGAACUGUCGUCAUUACCAAUUGAUUCGUGUAUUCCUUUACUUUGUUUUUCAGUACAACCACCAUGUCAUUGCUUGAGGCCCUGUCCGUCAUACGGGAAGUUGUAGUCUCCAAGGUCUUCGACUUUCUCCUUGACAAGUUAGCCUCGUCUGAGCUCCUGCAAUUGGCUACUGGAAAAGAGGUUCAAGAGGCGAUCCAUAAGUUGGACAUGGAGCUGAAGGAGAUUCGUGCAGUGCUUGAUGAUGCUGAAGAGAGACAGGUGAAAGAGAAGUCCGUGAAAAACUGGUUGACCAACCUUCAAAACUUGGCGUAUGAUGUGGAGGACGUUUUGGACGAGUUUGCAACCGAAAUUGGCAGGCGAAACUUGAUGAUGGAACGUCGGGGUUGCUCAAGUAAGAGACCCAAACUCAUUCCUGAUUCAUUCACUGCUGUUAUGUUUAAUAGAGAUAUGAUGUCCAAGAUAAAAGAUAUCACCGCCAAAUUGAAAGAUUUGGAACCUCAAAGAAACCAGUUGCAAUUUAAAAUUAUUGAUUGCAAGAGACCCAAAAGACUAGAAGAAAGAUUGCAGCCUACUUCUGUGGAGAUUGAAAGUCAUGUUCAUGGUAGAGAUAAAGACAAACAAACAAUGCUUGAUUUGCUCUUGAAGAGUGACAAUGAAGCAAAUUUCGUGAUUCCCAUCGUUGGAAUGGGCGGGAUCGGUAAGACAACCCUUGCCCAGCUUGUUUACAAUGAUGCUUCCAUUCAAAAUCAUUUUAACCUCAAAGCAUGGGUUUGUGUUUCUGAUGAUUUUGAUGUUAUGAGAAUAACUAAAGAAAUCUUGCAAUCACUCACUUCCAAGCCAUGCGAUGAUAAUGAUUUGAAUAGAGUUCAAGAAAAGUUAAAGAAGGUGUUGUCGGAGAAAAAGUUCUUGAUUGUUUUAGAUGAUGUCUGGAAUGAAAAUUAUCAUGUCUGGACCAUCUUGCAAUCUCCUUUUUUAACAAGAACUCGAGGAAGCAAAAUCAUUGUGACAACAAGGAACCAUGGUGUUUCAUCAACAAUGGGUGCCUUCCAUGCUCAUUCUUUAGGGGUUUUAUCAGAUGAUGACUGUAUGACUUUAUUUGCUCAACAUGCAUUAGGAGCAAGGGAUUUUGGGCGACAUCCAAGCCUAAAGGAAGUUGCUGAGAAAAUAGUGACAAAGUGCAAUGGUUUGCCUUUGGCUGCUAAAACUCUUGGUGGCCUAUUGCGCACUAAUGUUGACCUUGAUGCAUGGGAAGAUAUAUUACAAAGUGAUAUAUGGAAGUUAUCAGAACAUCAGUCUGGUAUAAUUCCAGCUCUACAAUUGAGUUACCAUCAUCUUCCUCCACAUUUGAAGCGAUGUUUUGCAUAUUGCUCCAUUCUUCCCAAGGACUACGAGUUCGGCGAGGAAGAAAUAAUCUUGCUAUGGAGGGCACAAGGAUUACUACAAGAAGCACAAGAUAAACAAUGCAUUGACGAUUUGGGUCGAAAUUACUUCAGGGAUCUAGUGUCAAGGUCUCUUUUGCAAAUGUCCAUCAGAGAUAAUUCUCGAUAUGUUAUGCAUGAUCUCAUUAAUGACUUGGCUCAAUCGAUUGCUGGAGAAGUAUGCUUUAGGAUGGAGGGUAAUCAGAAAGUUUCGAAGCACGCUCGCCACUUAUCUUACAUGCAAAAUCUUUUUGAUGGCAUCAAAAAAUUUGAGGGCAUUUGUGAAGCGCAACAUUUACGAACAUUUUUGCCAUUAAGGUUGUCAAAAGAUAGAGGAGGUUAUGUGACCAAUCAUGUUAUCAAAUGUUUGUUGCCGAAGUUAUGAUGGUUAAGG